AUGCAUAUACCUAUCCAGAAUGGCCUCUACUUCUACCUCCGCCUAAUCUCCAUCCUCCUUUUUACGCAACAUGCAGCCGCCAACGUCGAAAAGACAAUCUUUGUCGCMCCGCUGCCAUGGMCCGUGCCCGCCGAGAACGCGGCCAUCGAUGACCUAGGUCUGGAUCGUCUGUCGCCGGCCGAUUACAUGCUCAGGACGCAUCUGAACGCAUCGUUUCCAACAGAUGACCAGCCACACGGAACUGAAUCAUGGUUCUAUCUCGAAGACCUCGCGCCGGGCCAGCGGUAUGAGGUGCGGAUAUGUUGGAUGGCUACUCAACCAACCGCCUUCGACCUCACGACCUACACCCUCCAAGAAGUCGUCUCAUCACCUUCCCUUCUUCCAGCUCUCCUCAGCUUCUCCGAAGCCCUGCUCGCCGGCACAUCACCACCAUCCACCUCCCGUCCCUCCGACGACCGCUCACCCGCCUCACACCACAGAAUCCUGAACCCGCCAAAAGCGCGACACCAACACACCUCCCGCCAACGCCGGCGUCGAACACCCCUCGAACGCGAAGAGGAUCCUCUCGCGCUCACAUCUCAUGCCGAAUCAGUCCUCUUCCUGCGCAUUUGGGCUGCGGCCGAUUACUACACCACAAACGCAACAUUGAUGGAGAAUGUGCCGCCCGUCAUGGCGGAUGUGAUAUUAGAUCCGUUUUUGUGGAAUGUGUUUCCGCGGUCAUUGAUGCCCACGGCGGUGUAUACGGUUGUUAUUGCGGUGAUUGCGUAUUUUGUGGGUGGGUAUUUAGCGAAAUUGUUGAGUAACGUUGUCACGACUGCUGUUAAGAACGAUGAGGCUGCUGGUGUUGGGAAAGUGGAGAAUAAAAAGAGUCGGUGA